AUGCCGAAGCAGACACGUGCCAAGGUGUCUAGGAGCAUGAGACACAACCCGUUGGCCCACGACAUAUUGGAGGAGGAAGCCAACAGAGGCAUUCGAACGGUCCCGCGGAACAAGUUGCGCCGCGCGGAUGACGAUGAGGAUGAGAAUGCGGUGGUUCCAUCCAGUGUUGCCAAGAAGGUGAUCGGGAUGGUCCAAGCCCAGAAAGCAGACGAGGAAGAUCGCCCAGAUGAUUUUCCAGAAGAUGUGGACAGACAUGGAAAUGAGCAGAUUGACAUGGAGGAAGCUGUCGAGGAGAUUGAUGUCGAAGUGGACGAGGAUGGCUACAUUGUGGCACCCAAUGCAUCAGACGAAGAUGAGAGAGCCAUGGCUUUGUUCCUUCCAGGGAAGAGUUCUGCCCAGGCGGGUCCCACGCUUGCAGACAUCAUCUUGCAGAAGAUCCAGGAGGCUGAAGCCCGCAAAGAAGGAACUGAUGCAGAAGGUGUCGCAAGUGAAGCGGGCUUAUCGCCCAAGGUCGUGCAAGUUUACGGAGAUAUCGGGAAGUGGCUGAAGUUCUACAAAUCGGGGGCCAUCCCCAAAGCGUUCAAGGUGAUACCCAACUUGACAAAUUGGGAGGAGGUUCUCGCGUUAACCUCUCCGCUAACGUGGAGUCCAGCUGCCAUGUACCAGGCCUCUGUUAUCUUCGUGUCCAACUUGAACCCGCGAAUGGCCCAGCGCUUCUUCAACUUGGUCCUUCUGCCAGCAGUGAGGCAGGACAUCGCAGAGCACAAGAAGCUGAACUUCCACUAUUACAGGGCUCUUCGGAAAUCCCUGUUCAAGCCGGCGGCUUUCUUCAAGGGAAUCCUGCUGCCCAUGGCUGCAGAGAGCUGCACGUUGCGGGAGGCCGUCAUCAUGGGAUCUGUCUUGGCCAAGGCAUCUGUACCUGUCAUGCACGUGGCCGCCAGCAUCGUUCGCCUAUGCACCAUGACACCGUGGUACGGGACUACAGCAAUCCUGCUGGCUGCACAGCUCAACAAGAAGUAUGCAUUGCCACUCAAGGUGAUCGAGUGCUUGGUGGCCCAUUUCUGUGCAUUUGCUGGUGAAGACAAAGCAUUGCCUUUGGUUUGGCAUCGGGCAUUGCUCAUUUUUGUGCAGAGAUACAAGUUUGAUCUUUCUGCAGAUCAGAAAAGACGAAUCAAGGAGCCAGAGCAUGAAUGCCCUUCUACCCAUGCGUGCGUGCUGUCCGUUUGGAUGUAG